UGUCAAUGAGUACCAUUGGAAAACUUAUUUUACUUGUGUUGAACAAACUCUAUCUUUGAAAAAUCAAUCAUUCGUUGUUCUCUUUGCUUAUGAGUAAAGAUUUUUAUUUGUUAGAUAGUCUGUGCCAUCUUAGCAAUCAUAGUACCAACCUCACCUUUCUUUCCUAUUCAUUGAUUUCCUUCAGACUCCCCAAACUUUUUUUUUUUAUUUUAUUUUUUUUAUUCAUCAAACACACCCUUUCUCAUAUGGAAUGAGAAAUUUCACAAUUUCAAACAUACUCUCCUAAACCAAUUCACUCACUUUUGAUAUUCUAGAUUGUUUACAUGUUUAAGGAUGGUUUUGAUGUUGGUUUUGUUGUAAAUUCCAUUUGAAUUCAGCUAUGUCGACGCGACCUUUUUCAUGGUUUUCCGGCUAUUGUUUUUGGCUUCUGGCUAUUCCUGCAACUAUAAUACUAUUGGGAGCCUUGUCAAGAUCACAAUACUUUGAAUAUGGGUAUAAUUUAACUAUCCCAACUGCUUUUUUGCUUCCGAUUUCGAUGAGAGUCCCUUCAAAAGGCCCGGACGACCCUCCUGUCCUCGCUUAUUUGAUUUCUGGGUCUCAUGGAGAUGGAAAGAAGAUACUGAGGCUGCUAAAGGCAAUAUAUCACCCAAGAAAUCAAUACCUUUUGGAACUUGAUGCGGGUUCGGGGGAUAGAGAAAGGACGGAAUUGGCUAUUUGGGUUCAAUCUGAGAGAGUGUUUGGGUCAUUUGGGAAUGUUAAUGUUGUUGGAAAGAGUCAUGCUUUGAACAGGAUGGGCGCGUCAUCUCUUGCUGCUGUGCUUCAUGCUGCUGCAUUGCUUCUCAAGAUUAGUGCAGAUUGGGACUGGUUUAUCACCUUGAGCGCUUCGGACUAUCCACUUGUGAGUCAGGAUGAUGUCCUCCAUGCUUUCAGUCUUCUGCCAAAGGAUGCCAAUUUUAUCCAUUACACCAGCAACAUUGGUUGGAAUGAGAGGGAAACGAGCAAUCGGAUCAUUGUAGACCCAAGUCUAUAUAAUAGAAAGAGCAGUCCAGUUUUCUAUGCUGUUGAAACCAGAACUACCCCUGAUGCCUUCAAGAUUUUUGGAGGUUCACCUUGGAUGAUCCUAAGCAGAGCUUUCUUGGAAUAUUGUGUACAAGGAUGGGACAAUCUUCCAAGAAAAUUACUAAUGUACUUCACCAAUGUCCUCUUUCCUCUUCAUUCAUACUUCCACACGGUUCUCUGUAACUCCCCUGAGUUUCAAAAUACCACAGUGGACAAUGAUUUGAGUUACAUUAUUUCAGAUCAUACCACUAAACUCCCAGAAUUCAACAUUUCAAACUACGAUAAAAUGGUGUCGAGUGAAGCAAUUUUCGCGAGGCCUUUUAAAGAAGACGAUCCGGUGCUAGGGGAGCUCGAUAAGAAUGUCCUCAACAGACCACCGAAUGGGGUGGUGCCCGGAAAAUGGUGUUGGAAUCGAGCAACGAAUGCUAGUUUAGAGAGCCCAAUGACUCGGAAUUGUUCAAGUUGGGGUGACAUCAAUUCUAUUAAACCAGGUUCCUAUGGGUUGAAGCUUGGAAUUUUAUUUUCUAAGCUUGGUGCAAAAAGGAAACUAAAUUGUGAAAAACUGUAAAAUUUAUCAGAGGAUGUUUUUGUAUAAAAUUUUAGCCAAAUAAUCCCUUGAUCAAUUUAGUCUGCAAUUUUUUUAUUU